CCUCAAAACAAACAGCACAUGUCCUGAACUUUUCAUCAUCUCCUCCACCAUUGAACACCACCACUUUUUCUUCAACCCAUCAAUGGAGCUUUCGAAGCUCCCAUCCUCCUCUGUACAGACCCACUACCAUCUUCUGUAAUCACCAAGUCCUCUGCCAACAUAGACAUGUCGUAAUUCGUUGUGGUGGUGAGUUUGAUCCGAGCAGUGACUUGAAUCCCACGAAGGUUCCCAAAUCGCAACCAAUCAAGAUCGAAUAUGGAAUCGAUGAUGUGUUGCUUCUGGAGAUCGCAUAAACUAGGGUCGAAUCUCAUGUCGUAGAGUCCGUGGAAAAUAUAGAAUUCGGAUCAAGAGAUGGAGGAGAGAAAGUGAUAAGGAAUGGUGAAGGAAUCUUGAAAAUCUGGAGCAGUGCAUGUGGGAUAAUUGGUAUUGGUAUUGCCUUGAGGAGUUCGGAGCUGAAGUUUGAGAACACGGGUCAUGUGAAUUUUGACAAGAACUGGAGUUUCAGGAAGUGGGUCGAUCCAUGGUAAUGUAUACAUCUGAAUGUUGUAGUCUGUUGAUAUAGUUGCCAUUGACAAAAGCUAGAAACAGAGAGUUGGAAUUGGGAUGAUGAAGAUCAAGAUUACUUGAUUUUUUGCCGUUUGAGUGUCCAUAUUUGAAAACCCAACAAGUAAUGUUGGAAGCUUGUUGGAAGUUGGGUAGUUUCCUAAUUUUGGUUGAGUUUCCAUAUUUGAAAUCCUAAAUUAUUUUGGAAAGUAAAGAUCUGUAGUUUCCUAAUAUGCUAGGCGUGGCUAUCACACUUUGACUACUACUAUAAAAUAAGGUCACUCACCCCAUACCUUCAUAAUCACUAUUCCAACUCUCUCUCUCCCUCUCCCUCUCCCUCUCCCUCUCAAGCUUCAUCAUGUUAACUGUAUUACGCAACUAUGACAUUCAGACAUAUGCAACACCACGGAUCAACCCACCACUUCUAGUUCCAGCUCCAACUCCAGCGCUCAUCGAAAUUCAUGUCAGCAAUCUGGUUAAACUACAUCUCCGAACUCGUCAAGGCAAUGUUGAAUCCAAUUAUCCUACAUUAGCUUUUCCUGAUAUUCAACAUGACUUCGCCAUUCCUCUUCAACUUCUCCCUUUCUCCAUUUCGUGGGAUCCCUAUAUUUUCAACCAGCUUUCGUCUAUGAGAUUCGAUCCCGAACUCUGCAAUUCCAUGAAGGGACGCAUCAUUAGUUCUCUUUCAAGUUUGAUUAUUGAAUAUGGGGUGAGUCUUGGGUUUCAAGUCAUUGUGGAUUUGAAGAUCACCAGCACGAUUGAGUUUAUUUCUACGCAAUCGAGGGACGAUAUGAUGAUGAGUAUGUUAGCCGCUGAUGGGGUGGUUAUCGUGGAGGAUGAUGGUGAUAGUGUUGAUGAAACUAUAGAGACGAUGAGGACGAGGAGGGGUGUUUCAAAGGCUGCCAUUGAUGGGUUGAAGAAAGUGGUGGUGUUCAAUGGUGAAGGAGAUGAUGAAAAGUGCAUUACUUGUCCGGUUUGUUUGGAGGAAUGUGGGGACGGAACAGAGCUUACUUCCCUGCCAUGUUCUCAUCUUUUUCAUCAUCGCUGCAUUGUGCCAUGGUUGAAAUCACAUAAUUCUUGUCCGAUGUGCCGAUCAGUAGUUCCAGAUUGAAAAUAUUUUUAUGAUGAUCAUAGAAUCAUCAUAGUAUUGUUGGUUUCAGAUUAGGUAGUUUUGGUUGAUUCUUGAAAACUAUUGUAUUAGAUUCAUCAUUAAGUUUGAUUUUUCUUUUGAUUGUUAAUUAUUUUAUUGUUUUCAAAUUUCCUUUUCAUACUGGUUUUCUAAUUACAUAAAAGC